AGGAAAUUUGUGCAACCAAGUGAACACAGCUACUCAAAUCGGAAGGAUCAUCAACUAGUACCAAGAUGCUCCAGCUUUGACGAGCGCUUGCACUGCCUCGACAUGCCCAUGGGAUGCAGCAAGAAACAGCGGAGUUCGAUCCUAAACGGAAAUAGGCUUCAAACUGAGUAUACUACAAGAUAUGAUGGAUCGGCCCCCAUUCGAAUUAAAAGUGAUGCCACUUGAUGAUCUACAGUGUCAUUUGCAGCGCAUCUCAUAAGAGGAGUGCGAUCGUUGUUGUCGCAGACAUCAAUCUAAAGGAGCUCUUCGACCAUUCUCAAAUUGCAAUUGGCUGCAGCUUCAUGCAAACACGUGGAAUCGUUCCUAUUCAUAAUCGUGGGAUCAGCACCCAUCUCCAAAAGCUGCUUUACAAGAGCUAGUCGACCUCUCCGAACAGCUAUGAAUAUUGCAGUCU